AUGGCCGUGCGCCUGCUCCGCGGGUCCCUGCGCCUUUGGGGCGGCCGCGGUGCGCUGUGCCCGCCCCGGGCCGCGAGAUGUUCUCAUUCCGGAGUGGAAGAGCGUCUGGAAACUUCUUCUGCUAAGAAAUUAACCGAUAUCGGAACUAGACGGAUCUUUUCUUCUGAACAUGAUAUUUUCCGGGAAAGUGUAAGAAAAUUUUUUCAGGAAGAAGUCGUUCCUCAUCACACAGAGUGGGAGAAAGCUGGAGAAGUGAGUAGGGAAGUUUGGGAAAAAGCCGGAAAGCAAGGGCUGCUGGGGGUCAAUAUUGCGGAGCGCCACGGCGGUAUCGGCGGGGACUUGUUUUCGACAGCGGUUGUCUGGGAAGAGCAAGCAUAUUCUAACUGCACGGGCCCAGGCUUUAGUCUUCACUCGGAUAUUGUCAUGCCCUAUAUCGCAAACUAUGGCUCCGAAGAGCAGAUUAAGCACUUCAUCCCCCAGAUGACUGCAGGCAAAUGUAUUGGUGCAAUAGCAAUGACUGAACCUGGGGCUGGAAGUGAUUUACAAGGAGUAAGAACAAAUGCCAAGAAGUCUGGGAGUGACUGGAUUCUCAAUGGAAGCAAGGUAUUCAUCACGAAUGGGUGGCUGAGUGAUCUUGUGAUAGUAGUCGCAGUCACAAAUCGUGAAGCUCGUUCUCCCGCCCAUGGCAUUAGCCUUUUUCUGGUGGAAAAUGGGAUGAAAGGAUUUGUCAAGGGACGAAAGCUACAUAAAAUGGGAUUAAAAGCGCAGGAUACUGCUGAACUCUUCUUUGAAGAUGUGAGGUUGCCAGCAAAUGCUCUCCUUGGAGAAGAAAACAAGGGCUUCUAUUACCUCAUGAAAGAGCUUCCACAGGAACGGCUAUUGAUAUCUGAAUUGGCCAUUUCUGCCUGUGAAUUCAUGUUUGAAGAAACCAGAAACUACGUCAAACAAAGAAAAGCUUUUGGAAAAACAGUUGCGCACAUCCAGACAGUGCAGCAUAAGCUAGCAGAACUGAAAACACACAUUUGUGUAACCAGGGCUUUUGUGGACAGCUGUCUGCAGCUGCACGAAGUGAAACGUCUGGAUUCUGCCACUGCUUCCAUGGCGAAAUACUGGGCAUCUGAGCUACAAAACAGUGUAGCCUAUGACUGCGUGCAGCUCCACGGCGGCUGGGGGUACAUGUGGGAGUACCCGAUUGCAAAAGCUUAUGUGGAUGCCCGAGUGCAGCCCAUCUACGGGGGGACCAAUGAAAUAAUGAAGGAGCUGAUUGCAAGAGAGAUCGUCCGGGACACAUAGACAUCUGCUGCCCACAGCCAGGAAUCCCAUUACUGCUAAUCUGGUUUUAAAUCUGCUCAAGAUAAAAUGCAGCCUGGAAAGGGGGGAGUAAAAUGUAAAUACAAGGUUAACAGAAUGGAAGAAGAAAUCUCUGAAGGAAAAGAUCCUAAAAUUCUCCCAUUUAAAAUUUCGCUUUUUUUUUUUAGUUAAAAGUCAAAGUUUUUUUGUCUGUUUUACAAACAUUGUCUUCCUAAAAUUAUCCUUAAAGCUCUAAAAGGCAUUAUUGUUUAAAUCUUUUCCAUUGUGGUAGAAAUCAUUUUGUGUUGUCAUACUACAAAAAACGUUCGCAGUACUUAGAGCACAUUAACUUUUAGGGGGGAAAAAGAAAUGUAAUUGAGAAGAUUAAGUAAUUUCAACUGUGUCUUGUUCCAAACGUCCCAGAACAGUGAUGGAGCCCUGGUGGUAGAGUGGGUUGAGCUGCUAACAACAAGAUCGUCGGUUCAAAUCCACCAGCCUGUCUACAGCCUGAAAAACCCAACAGGCCAGUUGGAUGCUGCCGAUAGUGCCACUGUGUCAACUGACUCAGCCACAGUGGGUUUGACUGGGAAUGGUUUACCCCACCAGAGGGGUAUAUUAACCAAUAAACAAGUAAGCACACGUUUGCUUGUGCUUAAUUACUAAUCUGUAGUGAACCGUUUCGCAUGUUUGUCACCAAAUCAAGCCAAGGUUUACUUUCUGGGCUCGUGAUUGUAUGCAUGAUAAAAAAGGCUUUGAUUUUUGUAGAAGGUGCAGUAGGGUUGAGAGAGAGACUAGACAAGCAGCUGAAUCUUUGAUGUGUUGAAAACUGUGGAAUUGUUCACUACAGAUGAGUCAGUAAACACACAAUUAUCAUGCUGACCGGAAAACCCUGACCGUGACUUCCCCCAGCCCCCUAUUUUUAAGCAAAGGAACCCUUUUUUCAAGCAAAGCUUAUGUAGACAGCCAGUGUGAUGGGAGGAAUGCAGAAUGAAGCAGGAAGUCUUCCUACUUGACAACCUUGGUUCUGCUAAAACCCUAUUUAGCAUUUGCCUGAUCCCAUGGGGAAAUGCCCUGCUUCCUUCAACUACUGACACCUAGCCAGCCUUCCAACACAUUUCAAUGCCAGUUUCAUUCACAGGAAGACACAGAAUCACUAGCAUCUUUAAAUGUUAAGGUUUAUUUUAUUGAUAUCAAAGCAGUGACUCUUGUUUUAGAAUAGUUUUUAAUGAAUCCAUUCAUUGAAAAACCACCUUGUGUCAAAAAAGAAAAAACACCUUGUGUCUUCUUUAAACCAAAACUGGCAAAACUCCUAUUAAUAAGUGAGCAAACAAGAAAAAAAUAAGUAACGAGGUAAUGUCAAGUUGUGAAUGAUGCAAUAAAGGAAAUAAAUGAAGUAAGCAUUUAAAAUGGGAAAGUGAAAAAAUGGUAUUUGACUUGAGAUUCAAUAAUAAUAAGUUUUUAAAACACAUUAAUGUUUAAGAUACCUUGCAAGCACUUGGCUGCUAAACAAGAUUGGCCAUUCCAAGCUCCCCAGAGGUGUUGAGCGGAGACACACAAGGCAGGUGCUCUACCUCCAAAACUCAGCUAUUGAAGCUUAAUUCUGACACUUAGCAAGCUCCGUGAGCUGGAGUUUACAGUAUUGGACUGGAAAUGGAUAUGAGAAAGCAUCACUUAAGUACAUGUUAUUUUCAUGUAAUGGCAAGACUGUGAAUAAAGUCCAUUUUAAAUGAAAAUAAAGGUAUUCCUGUUCAA